AUUUUCUGACCUACUGAUUAGUUCCAAUACGACUGUGCCGAGAUAUACAGUAGACAUUGGGAUAAGAUCCUCUUUUUUGAGAAAUGAGGCUCAAGGUUGUCUUGAUGUUGGCUGACAAUGAAUUCAUUUCUUGGGUUUUUCCUCAAAUAGGUAGCCUUUUUCAAUCCCUUCAAGGUGCUUUAACGAAAUAUUUCCAUUACGGAAAUUGAAGUUCCCACUUGAGAACCAACUUUGUCGCACUUCGCUAAUCGGGCGUCAAACUGCAAGUACAUGAGAUUCACACCGAAUGUAUGUUAUUGAUAGUAGACAUUUUAAUGUGGUUUCUUUUCUCAAGACCUAGUGGUAGAGUAGAAAGCAGAAGUAAAGUUAUUUCAAAGUAAGUUCGAAGUGAAAUGUACUAGUCUUGUGAUAUUCGUUGACAGGUGGCGCCAGUAAGGGUUGGUGUGUUUGAAGAGGUAUUUUUUCUUUCUGAACAAACUCGUUGACGAAAAACGGCAAGCUCGACAAACUUGCUUGUUAUAUUGAACAAAAGUUAAUCGGCUUGGCAGGUAUCAUUGACAGGCCGGAAGAGAUGUUCAAUGUGUGAGACGAAGCAGAGGCCUUUUUGUUCUUAAAUUCACCCCCAACGAAUUAGAUUCUGAGAAAGAGCCUCAAUAUUCUUUUAUGUGGUGCUAAGGUGAAUCGUGGUUUGCAAUAUUUGUAUUUGAAAUAAGUUCAAAUUGAAUAUUUCUUUAGAGCUUAGAACACUUUCAUAAAUGUUUUUUUUAAGUCAUUCAUUAUUGUGUUGGAACUUCCUUAAGGGUAACGGGUGGGGAGUUUGUCAUGAAUCGUGUGGCUUAACCUGAAGAAAAAGAAUUUUUCAAGCGCCUCAAAUAGGUUCUUAGGGAUGAAGAACCCUCAAAAUUGAGGUGAAAGGGUGAUAAGGCAAAUUUGAAAAAUGCUCUGUGGCUUUUAAGAGCCAUCGUUGCGGUGGCUCGUGAUUUAUUGGUUCUGUUGUGGCUGGGACCAAUUCCCACUUCUAUCGCCUGCUCCUAUCAUGGUUCAACCGUUGGUGGAAACGUUAGCCUCCCUUGCAAGUCUUUCUCCGCGCCUCCGAAGACUUCGAAGAACCCGAGAAUGCGAGGAAAGUUCGUGAUCCCGCUGCUCGGACUUCUCUGAGUGGAAUCGUCAAGAACCUAAGUAGUAUUCAAGGAGCAUUCCAACAAAUUGAUCACGAGUUGGUGCGGAGAAAAACAGGUCGUGGAAACACACUCACCAUAGAAAACUUUCUGCAAGACAACUUGUUUCGUACGUUUUGGAUGGGCGACUCCGUUCCAGAGGGAUAUAAGAUGGCUGCAUCUUCUGAUGGAAUAGUUUACGUGAAUCCCUUUGAAGGGCCAUCUCUUUUGGCAUUGGGAAUUAUAGGAAUUCUCUCCAACUCAUUGUGUCUGUUGGUUUUGCAGCGACAACAAGAACUCAAGCUGUCGCCAGAUUACAUCUUUCUUCUGAAACUGUUGUCCUUGUUUGAUCUGCUGUAUCUCAUCACAUCGACCCCACUCACGUCCUUCCCGUACAUGUUUCCUAGUUUUCGUUACUACUACGAGCCCUUCGUGUUACCCUGGAUAUUUCCAUUCAUGCAGAUUACAGUGAUCGCUUCCAUCUACACGACCAUUGCAUUGGCUGUUGAACGAUACUUGAGCAUUCGAUCGCUCCAUGUUCACACCACGUUUCCCGUUAAGACGGCCUUGGUCUUGAUUCUGAUCUUCAGCUUUGGAAUCAACAUACCAAGAUUCUUCGAACUCAGAGCAGUUCGAGUUGAGAAGAAUGACAUGAAGCAAAUCAAUAACACGGGAUAUAUUUUCCAAGACUACGCUAUUACCACCUCAGUUCAUUACGAAGUCAAGCCUAUCGCUCGGUUCUACACGGUGGCUUAUUUCCUGGGCUACAACAUGAUAGGUUCGUUCUUGAUCUCCCUGUUCAUCCCUGUGGUGACUUUGGGCACAUUUAAUACGCUCAUAUGGAAGAAGCUCCAACAUGUGAGAUCCAACCGAGUGAGACUAGGUCUUCGAGAAAAACAAAACGCCCGGGCAACGCGCUCUCUGGUCUUGGUGGUUAUCUUCUUUUUCAUUUGCCAUUCAAUGAAGUUUGUCGUGAGUGGAUACCAGUUGGUAGACUCUCUCAUCAAUCCAGUCAUCCGUACAGAAUGGCCUGUCUGGGUCCAAUAUUGCACCUAUUUCAGCCACUUAUUUCUGGCCUUUGGGGCUUCUGUCAACAUCUUCCUCUACUGCUCCUGUGAUAAGCGUUUCUUCGUCGUGGUACAGAAGACCCUUAAAACCUGGUUCAUUUGGCCAUUCACAACAAAAAGCUCCGAUAAUAACGGAGAGGACACAGCUAGAAAUGUCAGCUUAAUCGAAAAUACCUGUCAGCAAAUGAAUGGGGAGAGCCUUGAAGGAGGGAUUGCACUUCUAAGCUCAUCCCCACCAAAUGAAACCAUCGAACAGCAUGUGGAGGACAUCCAAGUCUCAAAUGACUUUGUGAGUGAAUUUGCGAAAUGCAAUAGAAACACCUCGCCAAAGGCAGCUGUUCAUCAAUGUCCUAAGAGAACGAGCUCAUUGCAAGAGUGGAACACCAAAGGGAAAUUACCCUCAAGAGUGGACAAGAUGGACUCGUGGGUUUAACUUGGCCAGCCUUGUGGUGAAAUGGUCAAGUUAUCACUUCAACCAUGUGAAUUACUGUUUUAAUGGCAAUGUUUGUCAUUGUUUGUCAGACAAAAAAAUGUGAUCGGAUCAAGAAACUAAUAAUCUAUGUUAAAUGUUACUCAUUUCUGAUUGGUCAAUCUUGACGUAUAAAUCUGGUCAUUUUUUGGCUCGUGUUAACGUGUUAAAUGCCAUUUAAGUAUCGUGGAACCACACUCAUGGAUAUGGAAAUAAAUUUUAUUUUGCCCUAAAUCAAA